UUCAAAACUUUGUUCUGGUAUUGAUACAAUUUUUGGAUAAACUUUCGGUAAUGUCAAUUUAAUUUAAAAUUUAUUCCUUUUGCCAACAAGCUUAAGCAAAUCUCCUCUGCCAUGCUAAGGAAUGUGGUCACGGGUAUUACCAUUCGGUCAAUGACGCGAUGCCUGCCAAUCUAUAUACCCAAGACCCAAUUCCAUUGCACUAACAGGGUGCGCGAAAAAUAUGAUCCCCGUCGCCCGCUGGACUGCCCGGAAACAAAGACUGAAGAUUGCAAAACCAAUUUAUCCAACAAAUGUAGUCCAACGGAGCCUCCAGUGCGGCCAUGCGGCGAGCAGGAUUGUCCAGACAAACAAAAUUAUUCCUGUUGCGUGAAUAAGCGAAUUUCGGAUAGCAUUUGUGAAAAGCCUGUCAAGGCAUCAGAAUUUAAAAGGAAGCCGGACAAGUUUAUAUCGAUGUGGAAAAACCGAGUAAAUAAGGAGCAGAAGGCGAACCACGUGUGGGACUAUCGACCCGAGUGUUGCCCCAUGUGCCCCGACACGCCCUUCGACGUGAUGUACUAUCGACCAUCGAACAAGUGUCGUCAAUUUCAGCGUACGUGGUGGGAAUGCUGUCCUCGCAUGGUGCCCAAGCGCGUCUGCUGCUGGUGCGAUGCCAUUCCGCCCGAGACCCCAAGGCGUUGCUUGCCCAUCUGCCCGCGCUCCGCUUGCACGCAGGACCAUGAAGCAAAGCGUCUGGACUGCAUCAACAAGAAGGCCAAGGGCUGCCCCCGGCAAUCCAUGCCGUGCUGUCGCGCGGCCCGCAUACCGCCUAAAUGCGCAUUAACUCGUUUACCGACCGACUGUGUGAAGAUCAAAUGCCCCUUCCCUAGUUACUCCGAAUGCGACCGCAUGGACCCAGCUGUAGUACCCGAACGCCCUCCAGAGUGCCAGUGCAAAAAGGAAAAGCUUGCCCAAAGAUACUGCCCUUGCCCCACUUGCAAAUAAAUUAAGUCCAUUUAAACUACAAUGAAUACUUUCCCUAAAAUGCGCUAAAUAUGCAAUAUAGUUUAAAAGGAUUUUCUCUAUGGCUAAGGCCUGGGGCGAAAUGCUCAAGUGUGCAAUUCAGAAAAAAUAUUUACAAAAUAAAUGUACCAAAUAAAAAACAUGAUCUAUA